CCCUCAGUGAUGUCUUUUCUUACUCUCCAACCCAUUUGACUCUUCUCUCUUAUGAAUUCCUGCCGUUUAUUUUCUAUACUACUCCUUUGACAUGUACUUAUAUUGUUUUAAGACAUCUUAUUGUUGUCUUAUUAUUGUUUAACUUUAUAAUAGUAUUUAACUUUUAUGUAUGUAUAUUUUUUCUCUCUAACUACAUUGUAAGUUUUGUAAAGGGUUAUUUACAUGUUUGUAUCUCCACAAUACCUAUGCUUAUUUAUGUUAUACAAUAAUUAUUAAAUGAAGAAAGAAUGAUUUUGUACUCUGUCAUAUUAUGUUUGGAAAUUGUUCAAUAAAAUCCUUAUAGUAUGGUGCAGGUCAGUACAUAUUAAUGAAUCUCAAUAAAUGGAUGCUAUGUUUUUAACUUACCUUUUAGCACAAACUAUCAAUCUUUAGAACUUUGACUAUGACUGCUUGUGUGAGCCCAAUGGCUAACUUUCCACAAAUUAUUAGAGGAGUUGUGAGCUCUUAGCUUCUAUAUUAUGAUUUGUGUUUAAUAUUUAUGGAAGAGAAGUCUUUCUACAAAUAUGUAAAAAUAUUGGUGAGUGAAGGAAAUGACUCCCAGUGUGACUGAAGAAAAUAUCUUAAAAAGAUCUGCAGUUAUCUGCUGCUUCCCCAAGGUUGUAUUUACAUGAAAAAGAGAAGAGAUGAUUUUCUGAUUUAACAAAUUCCACAAAGAGUACCAGUAUAACUACUACAGAGAUCACAUAGCAAUAUUAGACUCUGAAUUUGUUGAGUUUGCUGCAUUCCUUUAGUAUCAUUCAUAUUUUUCUCUCGAGGGUACCACUUUCCUCUCUUGACUUAAUACAAAGAUGUGGAAACUCAUUUAUGCUGCUAUAUAUGAUGCUGGGAAAUGAAUGCCUGUUUGUUAUCUCUCUCUACAGGACCUUUCAUAGCCAUAGGUAGAUGUUUGACGCCUCAAUAUAAUUAGGCAGCAUUCAGAAAUGUAUUCUCCAAUGAGUGACAAGUUGGUUUUUGGAAAGUAGAGGCGCUUCAUGGUUGGACUGUCUGAGUCUGAACCUCACUUCAUAUGCUUACUGACUGUAUUGCCUUGAACAAAUUUACCUCAGUUUUCUCUUUGUAAAUAGAAACAGUGGUAUGUGUCUCACAUGGAUAUUUCUGGGAUUAGAUGAGAUAAUGGUGAAAGAAUCUAGCAUGACACACUACUCCUGGUAGAUGCACAGAACAUUUCAUUUGCAGUCCAAUGCAUCUGGUGGGAAGUUUAGGGUACCACAUACUAGUGGAUUGUUGCCCCCUGUUCUGUAAAAGUGGCUGAUGGUCAUAUGAUAUCACAAGACUCACUCACAAGCUGCAGUAUGGGUCAGGGAAGCAAUAAAGCCACAGACCCACCACUGAUCUGAACUCAACUAAAUUUCCUUUUCUGGGCCAGCCUUCCUUUCAGAAAAGUUGGCCACUAAACCCCCUUCUAAGGCAAGGAAAUCUAUUAUUAGUUAAACCCAUAUUCCUCUUACCUCUUCUGAAAAGAGAAUCUCUCCGAUGACUUUUGGUGGCCAACAUGGUGUAUGCAUUUACUCAGGUUCCAUUUUCCCCAAUUCACAGGAAAUAGCAUCCAUCCUGAAUGGCCCACUCCAUUUCUCAUAGGUGAACUGCUUGGACAUCAAUGAGCUCACUUUCUUUUUCUCUUUAUUUUAUUGAGUUUUUAGUGAAAGUUUACACAACAGGUUAGGUUCCCAUUUGAUAAUUUCCACACAAAUUUUUCAGUGACAUUAGUUACACAUUUCACAGCGUGUCAACAUUCUCUUUAACUGUGUUCAGUUUGCUCCAUUUCCAGUAGUCUAGUUUCCCUGCCCCUUAUCUUCUCAUCUUUACUUUUUUUUUAAAUCGUACUUCGGAUGAAAGUUUACUGAGCAAACUAGUUUCUCAUUAAACGGUCAAUACACAUACUGUUUUGUGAAAUUGGUUGCCAACCCCACAACAUGUCAGCAGUCUCCCCUUCUUGACCUUAAGUUUCCCAUUACCAGCUUUCCUGUCCCUUCCUGCCUACACAUCCUUGCCCCUGGGCUGGUGUGCCCCUUUAGUCUCAUUUUAUUUUAUGGGCCUGUCUAAACUUUGACUGAAGGGUCAACCUCAGGAGUGACUUCAGCACUGAGCAACAAGGGUGUCCAGGGGCCAUACUCUCAGGGUUUCUGCAGUCUCUGUCAGAUCAGUAAGUAUGAUAUUUUUUUUUGUGUGUGUGUAUGUGUGUGUGAGUUAGAAUUUUGUUCUACAUUUUUCUCCAGCUCUGUCUGGAACUCUUUAUUGUGAUCCCUGUCCGAGCAGUUGUUGGUGGUAGCCAGGUACCACCUAGUUGUGCUGGACUCAGUCUCCUGGAGGCUGGGGUAGUUGUGAUCCAUUAGUCCUUUGGACUAAUCUUUCCCUUGUGUCUUUGGUUUUCUUCAUUUUCCCUUGCUUCUGAAGGGGUGAGACCAGUGGAGUAUCUUAGAUGGCUGCUCGCAACCUUUUGAGACCCCAGAUGCUAUUCACCAAAGUGGAAUGUAGAACAUUUUCAUUAUAAAGUAUAUUAUGCCAGUUGAGCUAGAUGUUCCCUGAGGCCAUGGUCACCACAGCCCUCAGCCCAAUAAUUUGGUCCCUCAGGGAGUUUGGAUGUGUCUGUGGAGCUUCCAUGACCUUGGCUUCGUCACAUUGUGCUGACUUUCCCAGUAUUGUGUACUGUCUUACCCUUCAGCAAAGUUACCAUUUACCUAUUGUCUAUUUAGUGUAUUUUCUUCCCACCCCUCCCCUCCCUCAUGAUCAUCAAAUUGUUUCUUUUUGUAUGUAUACCUUUUCAUGAGUUUUUAUAGUAGUGACCUCAUAUGAUGUUUGCCGUUUUGUGAUUGACUUAUUUUACUCAGCAUAAUGCCCUCCAGAUUCAUCCAUGUUGUGAGAUGCUUCACAGAUUCAUCAUUAUUCUUUAUUGUUAUGUAGUAUUCCAUUGUAUGUAUGUACCAGAGUUUGUUUAUCCAUUGAUCUGUUGAUGAGCAUCUAGGUUGAUUCCAUCUUUUUGCUGUUGAGAAUGUUACAGUGAACAUGGGUGUGCAUAUGUCUAUUCAUGUGAUGUCUGUUAUUUCUCUAGGAUAUAUCCCUAGGAGUGGAAUUGCUGGAUCAUAUGGUAUUUCUAUUUCUAGCUUUUUAAGGAAGUGCCAUAUCAUUUUCCAAAAUGGUUGUACCAUUUUGUAUUCCCACCAGCAGUGCAUGAGAGUUCCAGUCUCCCCACAGCCUCUCCAAUAUUUGUUAUUUUCUGUUUUCUUUUCUUUUCUUUUCUUUUUUAUUAGUACCAGUAAUGUCAGGGUGAGAAGGUAUCUCAUUGUGAUUUUGAUUUGCAUUUCUCUAAUGGUUUAAUGGCUAGCGAUCCUGAGCAUAACAGAUAUGUCUGUUAGUCGCUUGAAUGUUUUUUUUGGUGAAGUAUUUGUUCAUUUCCUUUGGCCGUGUUUUAAUUGGAUUAUUUGUCUUUUUGUUGUAGAGGUGUUGGAUUUUCCUGCAGAUUUUAGCGAUUAGACCAUUGUUGGAUUUGUCAUAACCAAAAAUUUAUUCCCAGUCUGUAGGUUCUCUUUUUACUCUUUUGGUGAAGUCUUUUGAUGAGCAUAAGUGUUUAAUUUUUAGAAAAUCUGUUAUCUAGCUCAUCUUCUGGAGUUUGUCUGUUGUUAGUUUUGGUUUGUAUCUUGUCAGUGCCGUGUUUUAGGGCCUCUAGCUUUGAUCCUGUUUUUUCUUCUAUGAUCUUUAUAGUUUUUGGUUUUGUAUUUUGGUCUUUGAUCCAUUUUGAAUUAGUUUUUGUAUGGUGUGAGGUAUGGAUCCUGUUUCCUAUUUUUACAGAUGUAUAUCUGGUUUUGCCAGCACCAUUUGUUACAAAGACUGUCUUUUCCCCCAUUUAGUGGACUUUGGGCUUUUGUGAAAGAUCAGGUGUCAGUAGGUGGAUAAAUUUACAUCUGGGUUCUUAAUUCUGUUCCAUUGGUCAAUGUAACUGUUGUUUUGCCAGUACCAGGCUAUUUUGACUACUGUAGCUGUAUAGUAGGUUCUGAGGUGAGGUAAUGUCAGUCCUACUUUAUUCUUCUUCUUCAACAGUGCUUUACUUAUUUGGGGCCUCUUCUCUUUCAACAUAAAUUUAAUAAUUAGUUUUUCCAUCGCUUUGAAGAAUACUGCUGGUAUUUGGGUCAGGAUUGCAUUGUAUUUGUAGAUUGCUUUGGGUAGAAUUGACGUUUUCAUAAUGUAAAAUCUACCUAUUCAUGAGCGUGGUAUGUUUUUCCAUUUAUGUAGGUCUCUUCUGGUUUCUUGCCAUAGUGUUUUGCAAUUUUCUUUGUAUAGGUCUUUUACAUCCCUGGUUAGAUAUAUUCCUAAGUAUUUUAUCUUUUUAAGGGCUAUUACAAAUGGUAUUUUUUUCCUGAUUUCCUUUUUGUAGUUCUCUUUAUUUGUGUAUAGGAAUCCAACUGAUUUUUGUAUGUUUAUCUUGUAUCCUGCCAGUCUGCUGCAGCUUCCUAUUAGUUCCAGUAGUUUUCCCAUGGAAUCUUUUGGGUUUUCUAUGUAUAGUAUCAUGUCAUCUGCAAAUAGGGAUAGUUUUACUUCUUCAUUACCGAUUUAGAUGCUGUUUGUUUCUUUUUCUUGCCUUAUUGCUCUAGCUAGGACUUCUAGCACAAUGUAAAAUAGGAGUGGUGAUAAAGGGCAUCCUUGUCUUGUUCCUGUUCUCAAGUGGAAUGUUUUCAGCCUCUCUCCAUUAAGAAUGAUGUUGGCCCUUGGUUUUGCAUAGAUGUUUUGCAUAUUAUGUUGAGGAGUUUCCCUUCUAUACCUAUUUUAUUGAGAGUUUUUUUUUAAUCAGGAAUGGGAUUUGGACUUUGUUGAAUGCCUUUUCUGUAUCAGUUGAGGUGAUCAUGUGGUUUUUUUAUUUUAUGUAUGUGGUGGAUUAUGUUGAUUGAUUUCCUAACAUUGGACCAUUCUUGCAUACCUGGUAUGAAUCCCACUUUGUCAUAGCUAUUAGUUUUUUGAUAUGAUGCUGAUUUCUAUUGGCUAGAAUUUUGUUGAUGAUCUAUGCAUGUAUAUUCAUGAGAGAUUUGGCCUGUAAUUUUCCUUUUUUGUGGUGUCUUUGCCUGGCUUUUGUAUCAAGGUGAUGCCAGCUUUAUAGAAUGAAUUUGGAAAUAUCCCUUUAUUUUCUAUGUUUUGAGUAGUGCUGGUGUAAGCUCUUCUCUGAAUAUUCGGUAGAAUUUUUCAGUGAAGCCACUUGGGGCAGGGCUUUUUGUUGUUCGGAGUUUUUUGUUUUUUACCUUUUCAAUCUCUUCUCUUGUAAUGAGUCUGUUUAGAUUUUCAACUUGAGUUUGUGUUAGUUUGGGUAGGUAGUGUGUUUCUAGAAAUUUGCCCAUUUCUUCUAGGUUUUCAAAUUUGUUGGAGUGUAGUUUUUCACUGUACUCAGUUAUAAUCCUUUUUAUUUCAAUUGGGUCUGUUUUAACGUUCCCUGUUUCAUUUCUUAUUUGGGUUAUUUGCAUCCUCUCCUGUUUUUCUUUUGUUAAUCUGGCCAAUGGUUUGUCGAUUUUGUUGAUCCUUUCAAAGAACCAACUUUUGGUUUUGUUGAUUAUUUCUAUUGUUUUUCUCUUCUCUAUCUCAUUUAUUUCUGCUCUGAUCUUUAUUAUAUCCUGUCUUCUGGUGGCUGUGGACUUCUGCUGUUACCUUUUUUAUACAUCCUACAUAGUCCUUUUUUUGUUUGUUUUUAUUGUACUUUAUGUGAAGGUUUACAGAACAAUCUAGUUUCUCAUUAAACAGUUACUACACUUAUUGUUUUCUGACAUUGGGGAACAACCCCACACAUGUCAACACUCUCUCUUCUCAACCUUGGGUUCCCUAUUACCAGCUUUCCUGUCCCCUCCUGCCUUCUAGUCUUUGCCCCUGGGCUGUUGUGCCCCUUUAGUCUGAUUUUGUUUUAUGGGCCUGCCCAAUCUUUGGCUGAAUGGUGAAUCUCAGGUGUGACUACAUUACUGAACUGAAGGGAUGUCCGGAGGCCACACUCUCAGGGUUUCUCCAGUCUCUUUCAGGCCAGCAAGUCUGGUCUUUCUUUCUGAGUUAUAACUUUGUUUUACAUUUUUCUGCAGCUCUGUCUGGGACCCUCUAUUGUGAUCCCUGUCAGAGCAGUCAGUGUUUUUAGCCAGACACCAUCUAGUUGUACUGGACUCAGUCUGGUGGAGGCGGUGGUAGAUGUGGUCCAUUAGUCCUUUGGACUAAUGUUUCCCUUGUAUCUUUAGUUUUUCUCAUUCUCCCUUGCUCCUGAGGAGGUGAGACCAAUGGAGUAUCCUAGAUGGCUGCUCACAGGCUUUUAAGACCCUAGACAAUACUCACCAAAGUAGAACGUAGAAUAUUUUCUUUAUAAACAAAUUUAUGGCAAUUGAGGUAGAUGUUCCCCGAGACCAUGGUCCCACAGCCCUCAGCCCAGUAAUUUGUUCCCUCAGGGAGCUUGGAUAUGUCUAUGGAGCUUCUAUGACCUUGCUUUGUACAAGUUGUGCUGGUUUUGCCAGUAUUGUGUGCUGUCUUAUGGUUCACCAAAGUUAAUACUUAUUUAUUGUCUAUUUAGUGUUUUUGGUGUUCUCCUUCUAUUUCUUUGAAUUGUAUAGCUAAUGUUUUGAUCUUGUCUUUUUCUUCUUUUUUGAUGCAUACAUGUAUUGCUAUAAAUUGGCCUUGGAGCACUUCAUUUGCUGUGUUCCAAAGGUUUUGGUAGGUUGUAUUUUUAUUCCCAUUUGAUUCUAGGAAAUUUUUUAUUCCAGCUUUGAUUUCUUCUAUUCCACAGUGGUUUUUUACCAGUCUGUUAUUCAGUUUCCAUGUAUUUGAUUUUUUUCCUUGCUCUUCUUGUUAAUUUCUACUUUGAUGGCAUUGUGAUCAAAAAAGAAACUUUGUAGUAUCUCAGUGUUUUGGAUUUUGUUGAGGGUUGCUUUGUGGCCUAAGAUAUGGUGUAUUCUGAAGAGUGUUCCAAGUGUGUUGGAAAAGAAUAUGUACUUUGUUGGGUGGAGUGUUCUAUAUAUGUCUUUGAGGUCAAGUUGGCUGAUUGUGGCCUUUAGAUCUUCUGUUUCAUUGUUGAGUGUCUUUCUAAACUUUCAGUCUUUUCCUGAGAGUGAUGUGUUGAAAUUUCCUUCUAUUUUUGUGGAAGAGUUUCUCUUUUCAGUGCUGUUAGAAUUUGUUUAACGUUUUUGGAGCCCUGUCACUGGGUGGGUAGAUGUUUGUUAUGGUUACGUCUUCACGGUGGAUUGUCCCUUUGAUCAUUAUAUAAUGCUCUUCUUUGUGUUUUAUGGUUGAUUUUAUUUUAAGGCCUAUUUUAUCUCAGAUUAGUAUUGCUAUUCUUGUUCAUUUUUUGGUGGCUGUUUGCUUGGUAUAUUUUUUUCCAUCCUUUGAUUUUUAAUGGAUUUAUGUUUUUGUUUCUAAGGUGUGUCUCUUGUAGAGAGCUUAUUGAUGGAUGCUCUUCUUUGUCUAUUCUGUCGCUUUCUGUCUCUUUAUGGGUGCAUUUAGGUCAUUAACAUUCAGUGUAAUUAUUGAUAGGUAUGAGUUUAUUCCUGUCAUUUUGUAGUUUUUUUUUUCCUGUGUGUGUGUGCUGUUUUCUUUGUUCUUUUUAGUCUCCUGUGUGUAAUUCCUUUUGUUUGUAGACUUUGUUUUUCAUUUCUUUUGUUUUUGUGGAUCUCGUGUUUACUGAGAUGUUAUGUUUUUCUUCUCUAUUUUGAUGAGUAGGUUUGUUAACUUUUUUCUGGUUACCUUGAUAUUUACCCUUAUCUUCCUAAGUUUGAACCAGUCUUUUAUUACUUGGUAUUACCAUGACUUCCUCUCCCUUUGAAAGUUCUAUACCUACACUGUUUAUUCUCUCUUUUGUUGUCAUUUACAGAUUAGCCUAUCUGGUUCCUGUUGUAAAUCUUUUAGUUUUGAUUUAUCCUUGAGAGUUCAUUAACUAGGUUGGUAUCUGGUUGAUACAGUCUUGCAUCCUUGAUUCAGGCUGUGGUGUGGUGGUGUUUGUUCUCCAACUGAAUGUCUUUAAUAAUUCUUGUAAGUUUGAUUUGAUUUUUAUGUAUUUUCUCAAUUUCUGUUUUUCUGGAAAUUUUGCAAGAUACAGUAUUCUUGAUUGGCAAUUUUUUCCUUUACAGGUUUUGUAUAUGUCAUCCCAUUGCCUUCUUGCUGGCAUGGUUUCUGCUGAGUAAUCAGAUCUUAGUCUUAUUGUUUUCCCUCUGUAGGUGACUUUUUUUGUUUUUUUGAAUAGCUUUCAGGAUUCUUUCUUUGUCUUUGGUUUUAUUGACUGUGAUUAUGAUAUGCCUUGGUGAUUUUCUUUUAAAGUCUCUCCUGUAUUGGGUUCAUUGAGCUUCUUGGAUGGCGAGCUUUUCAUCUUUCAUGACAUUAGGGAAGAUUUCUGUCAGCAAUUCUUCAGUGAUUCUUUGUGUGUUUUCCAUUUUCUUCCCCUGUUCUGGAACUCUGAUCACUUGCAACUUUUUGCUUUUGAUUGUAUCCCACAUAAUUGUCAGGAUUUCUUCAUUUCUCUUCAUUCUUUUCUCUGAUUUUUCUCAAUGAGUUCACUUAUGACAGAAGAGUUGAAGCAGAGGCUGGGUGAAUCUUACUCGGAUGUUUUUAAAGCCCUUAAAAACAGUGGUGGCUGUAUAAUUGGUAGCUAGAGUGCCUUCCAACUCUGUUCAAUUUCUAGAUUCCAGUGCCUUUUUCUCAGUUGUCUGCAUGUAGUCUUGACAAAGUAUGUAGCAUCAGAAGAAGAGAGAGAAGGCCUAGGGUGGAGUGAUAUGGAAUCCCCAAAGCAGAGUGCCACUAAGGACAUAUAUAUGUACACACACAUAUAUACAUGUAUAUAAAAAAACCCAACCAACCCCAUUGCCGUCGAGUUGAUUCUGAUUCAUAGUCACCCCAUAGGACAGAGUAGAACUGCCCCGUGUAUAUAUAUAUAUAUAUAUAUAUAUAUGUACAUGUAUAUAUGUAUGUAUGUACACACACACACGUAUAUAGUAGUUAGAAAAGAAGAAUGUGUGCUCAGGAAAUUAGUAGAGGAGAGAAAAUCAAGAAGAAAGCAAUAGUUAGCCACACCCCCAUUGGAUUUGGCAGUCAGGAGGCUUUGCUGACAUUGUUUGAUGGGGAGGGAGAGCAGAAGCAGAUGACUCUGGCUUAGGCCUGGAAGUACACAGGUAUGAGGAAGUAGAGACCAAAAUUGGUUUUAUAUUCUCUUUCAAAAGGCUUGACUGAAAAAGAAAGGAGGUAGGUCAAUGGUUUAGCUCAGAGGGUAUGUAGUUUUUAAAGAUGGGAAGGAGAGGCAGGACCAAGAUGGCAGAGUAGUUAGAUACUUCCAGUGAAUGCUCUUAUAACAAAGACCUGAAAAAACAAGUGAAAUGAUUAUAUUUAUGACAAGCUAGGAGCUCUCAACAUCAAAGGCAAAGUUAGAAAACGGACUGAGCAGUAGGGGGAGGGAGAGACUGUUCAGAAGCAGAGAGGAGUUGCUGGACUUGAAUCGCUGGGAACCCUUAGGCUGCAGUGGGCUGGUGGUAGCAUUCGGCUGCAGUUUUCUCAGGGAGAAACAGCCAGCUGCACAGCCUACUCAUACCUCUGGAACCAGAGAAGAAUGGCGCUCUCUGCAAAAGCUAAGCACUUGUGUAUAUUUUACUGCGUCCCCAGCCCCCAAGCCAGCUUCAGUGGCCAUCAAUUUCUCUGGGUCUGAGAUAGGUCCUGCUGCAUGUCCUGAUCCAUUCUCCUGGCCUUGGAGAAGGAAUAAAUUCACAGUUGGGGAAAAGAUAAUCUGCCAGUCCACUAACCUGAGGAACUCAGGACAGAAGCAGCUCCUGUCUAGGCAUAAACAGUCCGUGGACUUUGAAUAUGUUUCCGCCCCCAUGGACCUAUGUGUGGGCCUAUUUCAGGAGAAUAGGCCCUUGUUGGCAGACUGCAACUGUUUCAGCUGUGUGGUGGAGAGGUGGGUUUUGAUGUUUGACACCACUUUGCCUAUUAAACAGAGUCCUCACCUACCCACAUCAGGGGUCUAAGGACUGGUGGCUCCACUCAGGUCACCCAGCCACUCCAAACAGGGGUCCAAGGAUAACUGCUACCUCCCAGUCCUUACAACCAAAAGCAUUGGGUGCCCACGGUCCAUCUGCAGAACCCACCCACCUGCACGCUCUAGGGAACAGGGAUGCACUUCCCUCACAGACACUCGGGGGAUGGUUGUCAGCCCCCUGCCUUGUUCAGAGUGUGACCCCCUGGUGCAACCAGCUACUGGUACCUACACCAAUCACUCCUGCCCCUGUAAGACUGUAGGACAGAGCCCGUACCACACACUUGAUAACCAACUACCUGGACACCUGAGCUAAAUUCAUACAAGAAAAAUGAAUGGACUCCUAAGCUCAUAUACCUGGUAACAGCUCUAGCUAGCUGGUGACAGGAUGUUAGAGCUUCAAAGGCAAAAAUAAUCAAGCUCCUUACUCAAGCAACCUAUUUGGACAUAUCAAAACAAAACAAAGCAAGAAGCUAAGAUACAGUAAGCAAACAUAAAAUAAACUAGUACAAGAACUUAUAGAUGGCUUGAAGACAACAGUCAAUAUCAAAUCACAUAAAGAAGCAGACCAUGAUUGCUUCAACAAGCUCUCAAAACAAAGAAUCAAAGAAUCUUCCGGAUGAAGGUGCCUUCCUGGAAUUACUGGAUGCAGAGUACAAAAGAUUAAUAUACAGAACUCUUUAAGAGUGAGAUCGGGAAGCACAUCAGGCAAUAUGCAAAACAAGCCAAGGAACACACAGAUAAAGCAGUUAAAGAAAUUAAAGAUGGGCAAGAAUUGAAUAUGUGUAUAUUCUGAAGGUGAAAGACAUGGGAGGGUGUUGAAGAAAACAAAUCCAUUUAAAUUCACACUGCUUUUUUUUUUUUGUUAUUUUACAGGCAAGUUCUUAUCUGACUCCCUGUCUCCUUUUGUUUUUUAAUUUCUUGUUGUUUUCCAGGUCGGGGCAGGGUGGAAGACCUGUCAGCCUGUCUGCUUGCCUGCUUUCUUGUCAUCAUCUUUUUUUUUUUUUUAAGGAUUUCUAACAUCUUAUCUAAUAAUGGAUUUCUGGCCAUCUUUUUUGGACACCAUCAGUACCACAUGAGAUGUGGGUUAUGGCAGCUUUGUAUUUUCCUUUUAGGAAGAAACUAGCUUAUCCAUUUGUCCCAUUCGUCCAUCUUCAGGUGUACAUUAAUCCUUACUAAGUAUUUUUAAAUGAUUACUGUAUAAUUUAUAUGUGCCGAGACAUAUCUCAGGGCAUUGUAGACUUUGUUGUUACUAAUUUUUUCACUUUUGUGCUUAAUUCUUUGAAAGGUUUGGGAUGUUAGCCUAACCAAUUUCUGUCAAGCAUAGGUAGUGUAAAUAAUUAAGUACACAAAAUGGUUUUUUAAUUUAGAACUGAUACAAAACCCAUGUGGGGAAAUUUAGUUACUGUUUCCCAAUAAGUAUAUUGUAACAGUUUUUUUUUGGAGGGGCAGAGAGCGAAGUAUAGUUUUGAAACUUCCCUUUUUUGACCUCCUUUCCCCCUUCUCUUUUGCUCCCUCCUCCUUCUUCUUCAUCCUCCUUUUCCUCUUCUUCUACUCAGGCAGUUUGAUAUUGUGUUGGAGAUGAGCAGGAAAGCUGAAAUAUGAAAGUUCAUAUGUAUGGGUAGUUUAUGCAGGCAUGUACUUCUUAUGAACACAGUGCCAUAUGUGACAGAGAUGAGGGUGGUUGCUGUAUGUCCACCUGGGACUAGUCUGCCCAGCACCCUUGCCUAGGAACUGCUUCAGUCCUCUUCCAGUAGUCUAAUAUGACUCAUCCCCUAGGCACUGCUUAUUACACCUGGAGUCUCUCUGGUCGGAGUCUCUCUCCAGGCAUUUUGUGCCUCUUCUCUACAGGUGGAAGGUAUUCUGGAGCUGGCAGCAACUGUAUUUUUUGCCCUCUGGAGGCCUAUUUUCAAAAGGAGAGAAUGAAGUUCUGUGCAGGAGGCAGAAAUGAUAGAUAUGCUUGGCUGCACUCAAACCCCUUAUUCUGUUUGCUGGUGACCUCUAACUGCAUUCCUGCCCUUGCUUACAGUUUUAUUGCUCAACAUUUCUUUGAGUUCCUUGAAACAAAAAGUGAGUUCUCCAUUUCUCUCUGUUUCUAUCUCUGUCUCUAUUUUUCAGCCAGUUCAAGUUGGAUUUUUGUCACUUGUACCAAACUAACAUACCUGCCUUCCUUACUCUUAAGUCUGGGGUCUCCUAACAAGGAAUUGUCUUUAAUAGAAAAUAAGCAAGAAUAGCUAUAUUUGUGGGUAUUUGUAUAUACAUAUUUGAAUAUGCUGCAUAUAUAUUCAUAUAUAUAAUAGAGCACAUGGGGGCACAGUUAUGAAAGCUUCCUAGACACAGCCAAACACCUCAUGGGAGUAAAUUACUGGGUUUGAAGGCUCAGGACCAUAGUCUUGGGGGAACAUCAAGGUCAACUGGCAUAACAUAGUUCAUAAUGUUCUCUGUCCUAGUUUGGUGAGUAGCGUCUGGUGUCUUAAAAGCUUGUGAGUAGCCAUCUAACAUACAGCUAUUGGCCUCUUCCCAUCUGGAUCAAAGGAGAGUGAAGGAAACCAAAAAUUCAAGGAAGCAAUUAGUCCACAGGAACUAAUGGCCCACAUGAAGCACAGCUACCACAAGCUUGAGACCAGAAGAACCAGAUGGUGCCAGGCUACCAGUACUGACUACUCUGACUACGGACACAGUAGAAGUUCCUGGUUAGAAAGGGAUAAAAAUGUAGAAAGAAACUCAAAUUCAUAAAAAAGAGCAGACUUACUGGAGGAACCCUCAAGACUAUCACCCUAAGACACCCCUUUGACUUGGAACUGAAGCCACUCUUGGAGGUCACCUUUCAGCCAAAUAAUAGAUUGGCCUAUAAAAUAAACAGUAACAUCUGUGAGGAAUGUGCUUCUUAGAACAGUCAACUAUAUGAGAAUGAAUGGGCAACAUUUGCCCAAAAGCAAGGAUGAGAAGGCAAGGAGGGGCAGGGAAUCUGGCUGGAUGGAAACAGGGAAGUCAGGGUGAAAAUGGUGAGAGUACUGACACAUUGCAGGGAUAGCAACCAAAGUCGUGGAACAAUUUGUAUAUGAAUUGUUGAAUGGGAAAUGAAUUUGUUGUGCAAACUUUCACCUAAAACAAUAAAAUGUUCAAAAGAUAAAGAAAAGAAGUGAGAAUGACUGGUUUUAAACCAGUGGUCUCUAGCUAGCUUUCACAAGAGUCACUUUUGAAAGGCUAUGAUAGGGCCACAGGCAUGCUAGACAUUUGUAUUUUUCCAGUGUUUGCCAUUGUAUAUAAAGAGCCUGCGGCUGGUGAGGACUCCUGCCUAUAUGUGACAGUGCCUGCCGCUGGUGAGGACUCCUGCAUACGUGUGACAGUGCCUGUGGGGGCUGUAGAUUUGCUUCCCCACCAGCUCCUCCCACAGAUUUUGAGUGUUCCCUUCGAGGCACUCAGCGCACACAUUUAGGUUGCAAUAACCAGAUGAAUGGUAGAACCUGGCUCAGCCUAUAAUCUAGUACUUAUGUUUUUUUUUCUAGAAAAACAAGACACAAGAUUAAAGUAGCAGCACUAAUUAUUGCAUUCCUCACUAGAAGAAAUAACAUUUACAAAUAUGCAAAUACCUAGUAAAAACUAACUUUGUUGUUAAACUCAGCUAUUAUUGAGUGCGGCACUGUAAAAGCUCGACCUCUAUUUAUUUUUCCUACUUUAAGGAGACCAUUUACUUGUCUUCCAUUAUUUGAUGCCUCAAAAUUUAAUAGUUACAGGGUUCUUGGUCUAUCUAGAGACUCCCAUAAGACACUUUUCUCCUACUGCCAAACUUGGUCUGCUUACCAAAGGCAGGUGAGAAGCCACUGUCGGCUCAGAAGGAGCGCUGAACAUGGGGUCAGGAGUUCUGGGCUUUGCUGCUAACUCACUGUGCAACCUUGUGCAAUUUGUAUAGCUUCCGUGGCCAUCCAUUCAUUUAUCUCUAAAAAGUGUUUGAAAGCAAAAUUCCUGGAAGUUCUGUUUCCAGUCUAACUUGCACCAAUUUUAAGCAUUUUCUUUGUGUUAUGCUUAGCACAUUCUCUAUUUCCUUGAGUGUUAAUCUCCUUUCCUCAAAGCUUAUUAAUUCUAGCUCUAAGCCUUGCAUCUUUCUUGCAGGGUCUCACUUUCUUUUUUUUCCUGCUCAUUUUUUUCCCUUUGAGUAAAAGGUGGAGAACGAGAAAUGAAAUAGAGACAUGCAUCAUAGUUACAAACACAGUUAUGACUCUUCCUGACAGUCUUUUUCUAAAUCUGGAGGAAGUUACUUUGGCAACCAGGAAUCCAUAUCUCUGCCUGGGAUCUAACUUUAUCCUUUCUUAUUAUUUCAUUUUGUUGGGAUGGCUUUUUACAAAUUAAAAAAAAAAAAAAUCUAGCUAGCUUCUUGAAAUUUCUGAAAGAAACCUAUCCUUUUUCCCCUAUAUCUGGAUAUUUGAAAGUACAAUUGAACCAAACCUCAUAAGCUGUUUAAAAGUGGAUCCAAGCAAUGGUUUUCUCAAUGACUUAAAGUUCUUUCCACACAGAAUACAUGUGGGCUUUGUUCUUGAAGACUGUUGAUUCUGUGACAGCUUGCAGCUCUAUCUCUUAAAUGUGAAAUUUGUUCAUAGUGUUGAGUUCCAAAGAGUAGUCUUUCCCUAAUUACUGUGUGCCAGAUAUUCAUACUGACUUUAAACCACGCAGUGUCCCCUUGUUCUGUUCUAAGUAAAGGUUCCUCAUGAGCACAAUUAAAUGUUCUGGAAUUUCCAUUCUUCCAAAUGUUACCCGUAAUUUAUUAUAAUCCAUACAGUCGAAUGCCUUUGCAUAGUCAGUAAAACAUAGGUUAACAUCAUUCUCAUAUUCUCUGCUUUCAGCCAGGAUCCAUUUAACAUCAGCAAUGAUAUCCCUUGUUCCACGUCCCUUUCUGAAACUAGCUUGAAUUUCUGGCAGUUCCCUGUUGAUGUACUGCUGCAACCAUUUCUGAAUGAUCUUCAGCAAAAUUUUGCUUGCAUUUGUGAUAUUAAUGGUAUUGUUCAAUAAUUUCCUCAUUCUGUUGGAUCAUCUUUCUUUGGAAUGGGUACAAAUAUGGAUCUAUUCUAGUGGAUUGGCCGGGUAGCUGUCUUCCAAAUUUCUUGGCAUAGACGAGUGAGUGCUUCCAGCACUGCAUCUGUUUGUUGAAACAUCUCAAUUGGUAUUCAGUCAGUUCCUGGAGGCUUGUUUUUCCACCAAUGCCUUCAGUGCAACUUGGACUUCUUCCUUCAGUACCAUCAGUUCUUAAUCACAUACUACCUCCUGAAAUGGUUGAAUAUCGACCAAUUCUUUUUGGUACAGUGACUGUGUGUAUGCCUUCCAUCUUCUUUUGAUGCUUCCUACGUCAUUCAAUAUUUUCCCCAUAGAAUCUUUCUAUAUUGAAACUUGAGGUUUGAAUUUUUUCUUCGGUUCUCUCAUCUUAAGAAAUGCUGAGCAUUUCCUUCCCUUUUGGUUCUCUAUCUCCAAGUCUUUGCACAUUUCAUUAUAAUACUUUGCAUUGCCUUCUCCAGCUGCCCUUUGAAAUAAUCUGUUCAAAUGUUUUACUUCAUCAUUUCUUCAUUUUGCUUUAGCUACUGUACAUUCAAGAGCAACUUUCAGAGUCUCUCCUGACAUCCAUUUUUGUCUUUUCUUUGUUUCCUCUCUUUUUAAUGACCUCUUGCUUUAUUCAUGUAUGAUGUCCUUGAUGUCAUUCCACAACUCGUCUGGUCUUUGGUCAUUAGUGUUCAGUAUGUCAAAUCUAUUCUUGAGAUGGUCUCUAAAUUCAGGUGGUAUAUACUCAAGGUAUACUACAACCUCAACUUGAACUCACAUAUUAGCAAUUGAUGGCCUGUUCCACACUUGGCCCCUGACCUUGUUCUAACUGAUGAUAUUGAGGUUUUUCAUUAUCUUUUUCCAAAGAUGUAGUCGAUUUGAUUCCUGUGUAUUCCAUCUGGCAAGGCCACAUGUAUAGUUGUUGUUUAUGUUGUUGAAAAAAGGUAUUUGUAAUGAAGAAGUUGUUGGUUUUGCAGAAUUCUAUUGUGCAAUCUCCAGCCUCAUUUCUAUCACCAAGGCCAUAUUUUCCAACUACAAAUCCUUCUUUGUUUCCAAUGUUUACAUUCCAGUCACCAGUAAUUAUCAGUUUAUCUUGUUUGCAUGUUUGAUUAAUUUCAGACUGCAGAAGUUGGUAAAAAUUUUCAAUUUCUUCAUCUUCGGCCUUAGUGGUUAGUGUGUAAGUUUGAAUAAUAGUCGUGUUAAUUGGUCUUUGUAGGCAUAAGGAAACCCUCCCUGGUGGCAUAGUGGUUAAGAGCUAUGGCCGCUAACCAAAAGGUCAGCAGUUUGAGUCCACCAGGCAGUCCUUGGAAACUUUAUGGGACAGUUCUACUCUGUCCUAUAGGGUUGCUAUGUGUUGGAAUUGACUCGACGGCAGUGGAUUUGGUUUUGGGGUCUGUAGGCAUAUGGAUAUUAUCCUAUUACUGACAGUGUUGUACUUCAGGUUUGAUCUUGAAAUGUUCUUUUUGAUGAUGAAUGCAACACCAUUCCUCUUUAAUUUGUCAUUCCUGGUGUAGUAGAUCGUAUAUGAUUAUCUGAUUCCAAAUGGCUAAUACCAGUCCAUUUCAGCUCCAUAAUGCCUAGGGUAUGGAUAUUUAUGUGUUCCAUUUCACUUUGGACAACUUCCAAUUUUCCUAAAUUCAUACUUCAUACAUUCCACGUUCCUAUUGUUAAUGGAUGUGUGCAGCUGUUUCUUCUCAUUUUGAGUUGUGCCGCAUCACCAAAUGAAGGUCCUGAAAGCUUUAGUCCGUCCAUGUCAUUACGGUUGACUCUACUUUGAGGAGACAGCUCUUACCUAGGCAUCUUUUGAGUGCCUUCUGACCUGAAGGGCUCAUCUUCCAGGACUAUAUCAGAUAAUGUUCUCUGCUAUUCCUAAGAUUUUCACUGGCCAAUUUUUUUCAGAAGUGGACUGCCAUUUCCUUCUUCCUAACCUGUCUUAGUCUGAAAGCUCAGCUGAAACCUGUCCAACAAGGGUGACCCUGCUGGUAUUUGAAAUACCAGUGGCAAAGCUUCCAGUACCACCGCAACACACAAACCAGCACAGUAUGGCAAACUGACAGACACGUGGUGGAGAAAGGGAGGUAGCAAAUGGAAAGCAGAUAGGCUGAGGUUGGUUGCUGGGGAAAUGCUUGGGCAAGAUGUCGCAACACAAAUUGGGGCAGAAUUAGUGCUGGGGGCAGGAUGGGGCUAUAUACCAGGACACUACGACAGGAGGUGGCAGGUCUAGUUAGGGCUGCACGCCGGAUUCAGUCAGAAGGCAAUCCCUGAUCAAUGGCAGUAGAGGGUUAAUUAGGAAGCAAGGUAUGAGAGUUAGGGCAAAACAUGGCCACUCUGCUUGAAUUAAUGUGGACACGGUGUUCCUCUGAACUGGCUGGCAUCCAUCAGCAGUCUGAAUAUGGCACUUGACAUUUGGGACUUCCUGGUCCUUGGCUUAAACCCCAAUUCCAUUUUGUGGAAGUCCAAAUCUACCCAUAAGAUUUCUGUAAAUUUCUGAGUGUAGGAGGAGGGUGAUUAUGUUUUCCUGCUUGUCUUUGCCUCUAGAGUCCUGCAUCCACAGAAAGUAUCUCUUUUUCACACUGAACUGACCCCUUUAGCAUUUUCUACCAAAGCUCUUCUCAGAACACAUUUAAGAAUGUCAUAAACUUCACUGAAGAUUGGGGUCAGGGUGAUGAAGGAGAAGUUGCACUGCAUGCAGCGAACAGGUUAAAAUCUUACCUCAGAAAUCCCUGUUCCCAAGUGCCUUUUGCCCAGCCUUUCAUUCAGGGGUUUCUUCUUGGCCCUUCACAGCAGAUAGGGCAAAGCCUUAUACCACUCAGGUUCCACUCUCCUUCCCACCUCUUGUCCCACCCUUCUCAUCCCUCUUUCAUCCUCCAAAGAAAAUGUAAAUCUUCUUUUCUCACAAAAAACAAAUCUAGCAUUUCUUUUUGGCAUGGGUUCUAGCUAAUAUCCAUGCUGUGAGGAUCUCACCUUCUACUUCAAAAACAUUAUCAAGUUAUUUUCUCAAAGAUAGUAGACUUUUAAUUCAUUGACCUGGAUUAAAUUUUGUAACAUUGGAGCUUCCAGACUAACUAUGAGAGAGAUGGGGAGAAGGGAUGAUGAGGAGCGAUUGGAUUUGGAGGACCGUUGUUUCUAAUCUCCACUCCAGAGUGUCUGAGGACUCCCCUGAUCUUGUCACAUGUUUGUGUUUUAUCCCCCAUCACCUUUGCUCCUAGACAGUAAAGACUUUAAAGACAGGGACUAUGUUGUAUCAUCAUCUUAUCCCUGAAGCACGGACCAAGGUGCCCUGAACCCAGUAGAUAUUCAGUAAAUAUUUAUUGAGCAAAUAGAUGUGCUCAGUGCUGUACUAAUGGAGAUGGUUAAAAAAGUUAAUCUUUGUUUCUAAGGAGCUUAUAGUCUAGUCAGGAAGGCAAAAUAACACAUAUGAGAAAAUCAGAGAAUAAUUAAGCCAUGAGCCUUGUGGUACUGACUGGGGGGUGAAUUUGUCAAGAAUUUGGAAGUGCUUAAUUAAGCAUAUCUACAUUCUUUGUUGUAUUUACAGCAUUUAAAUAAAAUUGCGACUCUUAUCCAGCUCAUCAGUGAUUCACAUACCCAAUUUUUCCAUAUUAAGAACAGAAGUGUAUAGCCGUAUUUUCAGGUAUUUUUAAAGGGCAUCAAAGAUUAUGAAUUUCAUUUUAGCAUCAGCAAAUGACAAUCUAGUUUUAACAAGUUAUUUUGAAUUUAGUAAAAAUAUAAAACUCAAGUUAAUUUUGUUUUCUGGUAAUUAUUCUAACAGGGAGAGAUUUCCAUGGGGGUAUUAGGAUGAAAUAUUGUUUUUGGGUAUGUGACAUGUUUCUGGGUAUUUUAAGGGAAAUUUAAUCUGAUUUUGGUCCAAAUAUAAUUUACUCACAAUAAUGGAGAAAUAUUUUAUAUGCAGAGAAAUCUAUUGAUGUUCUUAAAACUUUUCUCCUGGGAAUAAGAAAUCACAUUUUUCUAAGAGUAAAUCACAAAAUGUCUGGUGUCUAAUUUUUCUAACAAAAUCUGAGUUAAGUAGCAAAUUGGGCAGUUCCAGAUCAAUUAUUUUUGUUUUUAAUUUUUGAGUUUUUCUUUUAACGUCAUGCAAAGGAAAUUAUUUUAGAGGAGGCUUUCUUUCUUAUUCUGACAGUUUUAUUUGCUAACCCAUUUUUUUCUUCAAACAGUGGUUUUGGGAGAUUAAAGUAAUAAAACAAUUUUGAUGUCUGUGGAUUAAUGGUGUCUAUAUUCAGGAUGUUUCAGACCUGUUAGAAGCUUGGAAAUAGCAUCUACAUGUAUUUCUUCAUUUUAAUUUUAAAAUACUUUCUCAAAGAAUUAGAUACCAGUCCCAAGUAAAUAUUUUGAAUUUUAAAGAGAUUUAGGCUAAUAUAUAGCCCAAUUUUGUACUCUUGAAAGAUCUGAGAACCAUUUGCAAAUAAAUAUUAUGUUUUGGAAGCUAAACUUCAAAGAACUUUGGUAGUGUCAGAGUGUAAAGGGGAUCUUUCGUGGUCAUCCAGGAACCCAGAGGGCACAACCAAGUGUUUCAACUCCCUUGCUGUUUGGGGACACUACUCCUUUGGCACCCCUACAUCUCUCCGGGUUUUGUCUUGACUUCCAAGAUCUGAUUUCGAUCUGACUCAUUUUGGCAUCGUAUAUACUCGACGGCAGCAGGUUAUAUACAGAGGUAUUGUCAGCUCUUCUCUUCCCUGGUGCAGGCUUUACAUUUCUCACGGGCCAGAAGCCUGGGCAAGGGCCCAGCUCUUGCUCCACAGCUCUUUGCUGCCCUCUACUGCCCACAGCAAAUGGCAGCUAACCCUUCCAGGGCCAGCUAGCUCAUAGGUUUUGAUACCUGGAUCAUUGCAAUAGUCUUCUGGUCUCUCGGUCAUUCAGCUCAUCAAACAAAUCAUAGCCAGAUAAAUCUUCCUAAAAUAUCAUUUCACCUGAGAAGCAGCUCAAUUGUACUUUUUAGGUGCAUAGACUGGAGAUAGUCAGCCUGGGUUCAGACCCAGCUCUACCGUUUAUUAACUGUAUGAUCUUGGGUAAGUUAAUUAAACUUUCUAUGCCUCAGUUUUCUAGUCUGAAAAAUGAGGUUGAUAAUACCCUUAUAAAGUGGGUAUCAUUGUUAUGUGCCAAUGAUCUCGAAGGUGGCUCAGGACCAGACAAUAUUUUGUUCUCUCAUACAUGGGGCCACCAUGAGUCAGAGCGGAAGGCAACUAACAGUAACAACGAUAAUAUUGUUAUGAGGAUUUAAUGAAAUAAAAUGAGAAAUAUUUAGAACAGUGUUUGGCACAUUGUAAUGCUAAAUAACUGUUAGUUAUUGUUAUAAUUAUUACCACCCUUCUUUUAGGAUUUGCUGUAGACCAGCAUUUUCCAAAAUAUGGAAAAUAAUUCAAGUUGUUAUUAGCUGGUUCAAGGGCAUGGCGUUGAAUAACAAUCACAUAGUGAAAAAACUAUUCCUUUUUUUCAACUGUCUUUUAGCUUUUCUGAUUAUAUCAUGAUGGAAGUGUCAGCUUGGUACUGAAUGUUUUUAAUCUUUCUCCAAUACUUGAUAAUAAUCUUUCAGCUAUGCUGUUGUUGUUAGGUGCUGUCAAGUUGGUUCCCAGUCAUAACGACCUUACGUACAACAGAACGAAACACUGCCUGGUCCUGUGACAUCCCACAAUCGUUGUUAAGCUUGAACCCAUUGUUGCAGCCACUGUGUCAGUCUCUCUCUUUGAGGGUCUUCCUCUUUUCCACUGACCUACUUUACCAGGCAUGGUAUCCUUCUCCAGGAACUGAUCCCUCCUGAUAAGAUGGCAAGGGACAGCUAUAGGCUUUCAGAAUUUAAAAAUAGCCAUUUUGACAGAGUUUUUCUAUUUCUGGCAAAUGAUGCUGGUUUUCCAUUUAUAAUUAUAAUAUAAAUGUCUUUUAAAAUUAAUCUAGGUUAACAAAGGUGAGUUUAAAAUACUAAGUAAAUAUUAAAUAUGUCAUACUGUAGCUUGAUACAUGGCAAAAACAUGAACAUGGUCCACAAAUGCCUGAAGUUGGAGGAGCACAUGCUUUUGGCCUUCACCGUCUGUCUUCAACUGGCCUGGUGCAUUUUCUGCUCUCCUCAUGGGCCUCUAUUAUAGCCAGACUGCCCCAUUGAUUACUGACAUGUUCUGAGCAUUUCUGAUUUUUUUUUUUUCUCAAGGCUGCCUUCCCAGUUCCUCUCCACUUUCCCAAUUUUCACUCAUCCUUAAACCCCCCAUUCAAAACUGACGUUCUCUGCAAGGCCUUCCGUCCAUACCUUGGCUCUAGUCUCCUUCAUCUAGACCUUGACAUGCUCAUCAUCUGUUCCAUUUUCGGUAUAUGAUUCUGUUAUUUCCAUGUGUAGGUCUUGUUUCUUCAGCUGGAAGAAAAGGACUGGACUAUCCUUUAGGACGGGGGUGUGAUAUUAUCUUAAUACUCUUAUUAGGGUAUUACAGUGCCUUGGAUGCAAUAAAUAUUAGUAAAUAUUUUAUUCUAACUGCUGUGUUUCUGAAUUGAAGUAUAAUUUAUAUACCACCAAAUUCACCUAUUUUAAAUUCACCUGUUUUAGCUGUACUGCUAGAUCAUUUAAAAUAAAUUUAUACAGUUGCAUAACCAUCAAAAUAGUCCAGUUUUACAACUCUUUCAUCACCCCUAAAAAUUCUCUCUUGCUAUUUGUAGUCACUCCCCUCUACCACCCUCAGGCCCAGGCAACGUUUGAUCUAUUUUCUGCCUUUAUAAAGAAAUUUUAAGUAAAUGGAAUUAUGCAAUAUGUAGCCUUUUCUGUCUGGCUUCCUUCACUUAGCAAAAUGUUUCCGAGGUUCAUCCAUGUUGUUGCUUGUAUUAGUGGUGUUUUUGUUUUUAUUACUUAGUAAAAAAAAAAAAUGUAGCAAUGGAUAUAUUACAUUUUGUUUAUCCAUUUACCACUUGGUGGAUAUUGACAUUUUUGGUUUUCGGGUAUUACGAAUAAUACUGUAUGAACUUCACAUGCAUGUCUUUGUAUGAAUAUAAGUUUUCAUUUCUCUUGGGUAACUAGGAGUGGAAAUUACUGGGUCAUAUGGUAACUGUAGGUUUAACUUUAAAAAGCUGCCAAAUUGUUUACCAUUUUAUACUCCCAAAAGCAUUGUAUGAGUGUUCCAGUUUCUCCACGUUGUAGGCAACACUUUGUAUUGUGUGUUUUUUUUUUCUUAUAGCCAUUCUAGUGGGUGAUUAGAGAUGAAUCAAGGGUGACUUGGAUUUUCAGGUUGAGUAAUUUGGUGUUUGGUACUACCAUUUAAUGGGAGGCUGAGAGAAGAAUGGACAUUUUGAGGAAAAUCGAGAGUUUUGGUUUAGCCAAGUUGAGUUUGAGAUGCUUCUUAGCCAUUCAAGAGGAACUAUUAAGUAGGUAGCUGGAUAUAGAGGCCAACUAUGUUCAUUCCAUCUAUGUAAAUUUAUUAAAUAAUGCACCCUGAGGUAGCUGCUUCAAUUUUCCGUAUCCUAGAUGUCUGUCUGAUGGUUGGGACAAGUCAUAAAACUUGUGAUGUCAGUUUUUUUUAAUCUAUAAAAUAAAAUAAUACGUGUCCUUCCUCCAAAGGUUGGGUGAGGAAUGAAUGAGUUAAGGAGUGUGAAAGUGCUUAUUGUUAUUGUCUAACCGCUUAUUUUGCACAUAACAGGUGCUUAGCAAACACUGACUUAAUAAAUCGAAGAAUGCAGGUAAUAACCAAGUAUGUAAUGGUGGAAAAAGGGAGAGAGGGAGGGAGGGAGAAAAGAGAAAGAGUGGAAGAGAGAAGAGAAAGGAGGAGAGAGGGAGGCAGAGAGAGGAAGGAAAAGAGUGAGAAGAAGGGGAGGGGAGAGGGAGAGAAAGAGAGAGAGAAGAAAGGAGAAGGAGGGGGGAGAGGGAGAAGAAGUGGGAAAAGGAAAGAGAGGGAGAGAGAGACAUGGGAAGGGUGGUCCAUCAGAAUUCCAAAUUUGAGCUUGGUGGAAAAUGGAAUUUAUCUUUUAUUUUAUGGCACCAGGAAGACAACAUGGAAGAGUUAGGAUUUUACCAGAAAUUUAAAUGAUAACAUUUACCACAUAAAGCAUAACGGUUUGCAUGUGUUUUAUCUUAAUACAAGACUUUAAACUUCUCGAGGAUUGGGGCCAUUUCUGAUGUGUCUCUGUAUUUCCUAGAGCCUUAGCUUGCUGCUUUUACCAUAAUAUGAACACAGCAACAAGUAAAAAAAAUUAGCACGAAAAUACCUUGCGGGGGAGAGCGUGGUUGGCAAACAAAUGUAGAAGAUGCACAUUAUUUACGUAAAAAUAUGGUAAUCUACUUUCUGUGUCACUGGAUUUGCCUAUUCUAGACCUUUCAUAUAAAUGGAAUCAUACAAUAUGUGGACUUUUGUGCCUGACUUCUUUCAUUUAGCAUAAUGUUUUCAAGGUUCAUCCAUUUUGUAGAAUUUACCAGUAUUUCAUUCCUUUCUACUGCUGAAUAAUAUUCUAUUGAUGGGCUUUUUGGAUUGCGUCCACUUUUUGACUAUUAUAACUAAUGCUGUUAUGAACAUUCAUGUAGAACUUUUUGUCUAAUUCAAGAGAUUUAUCGUUCUAGCUCUUAUAUUUAAGUUUGUGAUCCAUUUUCAGCAAUUUUGCAUAUAGUUUGAGAUCAAAAAUUUUGAUGUGGGGGUCCAAAUUCAUUCUUUUCAUGUGAUAUUCAGUUGUCCUAGCACCAUUUGUUGAACAGAGUAUUCUUUUCCCCAUUGAAGUUUUGUGGCACCCUGUUUAAACCAAUUGACCAUGAAUGUAUGGGUUUAUUUCUAGACUCUCAGUUCUAUUCCAUCUAUAUUUCUUCCCUUAUGCCAAUAUUACACUGUCUUGAUUACUGUGGCUUUGUAGUAAGCUUUGAAGUUGGGAAGUAUGAGCCCUUCAGCAUUGUUCUUUUUCAAGAUUGUUUUGGCUAUUCUGAGUUGCUUGCAUUCCCUUAUUAAUUUUAGAAUCAGCUUGUCAAUUUCUGCAAAAAAGCCAGCUGAGAUUUUAAUGGGAUUGCAUUGAAUCUGGGUCAAUCGUGGAAGUAUCUUAACAAUAUGAAGUCUUUCAAAUCCAUGAGUAUGAGAUGUCCUUCCAUUUAUUUAGGUUUUUAAUUUCUUUCAACAAUAUUUUCUAGUUUUCAGUGUGCAAGUCUUGUGCUUCUUUGAUUAAAUUUAUUCUUCUUAAUGCUAUUGUGAUAGAAUUAUUUUCUUAGUUUCAUUUCUGGAUUUUUCAUUGCUAGUGUGUAGAAAUACAACUACUUUUUGUAUGUUGAGCUUGUAUCCUGCAACCUUGAUGAACUUGUUCAUUAGUUCUAGUAGUUUUUCUGUGGGUUUCUUAGGAUUUCUAUGUACAACAUCAUGCCAUCUGCAAAUAGAGAUAGUUUUACUUCUUUUCCAAUUGGGAUGCCUUUUAUUUCAUUUUCUUGUCUAAAUGCUUUGGUUAGAUCCUCUAGUAAAAUGUUGAAUGGAAGAGAAAAGAGCAGACAUCCAUGUCUUAUUCCUGAUCUUAGGGAGAAAGUUUUCAGUUUUUCACCAUUAAGUAUCAUGUUAGCUGUGAGCUUUUUGUAGGUGUCCGUUGCAGUUUGAGGAAGUUCCUUUCUUUCCCAGUUUGUUGAGUGUUUUUAUCAUAAAAAGGUGUUUUAUUUUCUUAAAUUCUUUUUCUGUGUCUAUUGAGGUAGUCAUUUGGCUUUUGUCCUUUAUUUGAUUUAUGUGGUGCAUUACCUUGAACAAACCUGCAUGCUUGGAAUAAAUCUCACUUGGCCAUGGUUUACAGUCCUUUUUAUAAACUACUGAAUUUAGUUUUUUAGUAUUUUUGCACAGCAUUUGUAAGGGGUAGGGGCCUUUAGUUUUCUUUUCUUGUUAUAUUUUUGUUGGUUUUGGUGUCCGUGAUUAUCGGCCUCAUAGAAUGAGUGGGGAGGUGUUCUCUCCUCUUUUUUGGAAGAGUUUGUGAAGGUUGGCAUUUCUCCUUUAAACCUUAGUUAGAAUUCUCUACUAAAGCCAUCUGGGCCUGGAAUUUGUGUGUGUCUCUGUGUGUGUGUGUGUGUGUGAAGGGCAUUUGUUGAUUACUAAUUCAAUCUUUUUACUUGUUAUAGGUCUAUUCAGAUUUUUAAUUUCAUCUUUAAUCAGUUUUGGUAGUUUCUUCUGAGAAUUUGUCCAUUUUUUUUUAAGUUAUCUAAUUUAUUGAUAUACAGUUGUUCACAAUAUUCACUUAUAAUCUGUUUUACUUCUGUAAGAUUGGUAAAAAGUGCCCCUCUUUCAUUUAUGAUUUUAGUAAUUUGAAUCUUCUCUCUUUGUUCUGGUCAAUCUAGCUAAAUGUUUGUCAAUUUUGUUGAUCUUUUAAAGAACCAACUUUUUUUUUUUUAAUUUUCUCUAUUGUUUUUCUGUUUCAUUUAUUUCUACUCUAAUGUUUAUUUUUUCCUUCCAUCUGCUAGGUUUGACUUUAGUUUGAUCUUCUUUUUCCAAUUUCUUUAAGGUAGGAAUUUAGGUGACUAACUUGAGAUCUUUCUUUUACAGUGUAGUUAUUUAUAGCUAUAAAUUUCCUUCUGAGAACUGCUUUCACUGCAUUUUAUAAGCUUUGGCAUUUUAUGUCUUCAAUUUUGUCAUCUCAAACUUUUUCUAUUUUCCUUUUGAAUUGUGUAAAAGUGUAUUGGUUAAUACUGACAUAUUUGUGAGUUUCGCCAAUUUUUUUCUGUUAUUAAUUUUUAAUUUCAUUCUAUGUGAUCAGAGAAUUUACUGUGUGUGAUUUCAGUCCUUUUACAUUUAUUGAGGCUUGUUUUAUGGACUAGCUUAUGGUCUGUUCUGGAGAAUGUUCCAUGUGCAAUUGAGAAGAAUUUAUAUUCUGCUGUAGCAUAGUGGUUAAGAGCUACGGCUGCUAACCAAAACAUCAGCAGUUCAAAUCCACCAGCUGCUCCUUGCUACCACUUUUAUUCCCUUGUCCUUUCUUUUACUGUAUAUUUUUGAGUUAUGUUUUUAGUGGUUCCCCUGAGUACUGCAGUUGCCAUCUUAAUUUAUAGCAGCCUAUUUUGGAUUAGUAGGCAAAUGGUUAAGCACUUGACUACUAGCUGAAAGGUAGGCAGCUCAGACCCACCCAGAGAUGUCUUGGAAGACAUGUGUGGUGCUCUGCUUCUGAAAGGUUAAAGUCUUGAAAAUCCUAGGGAGCAGUUCUACACAUGGGGUCGCUUUGAGUUGGAAUCAACUUGGUGGCAACUAACAACAACAAAAACAAUUUGCAUUAAUACCAAGUUAAUUUAAAUAGCGUACAAAAAUUUUGCUCCUUUAUAGCUCCAUUUUCCUCCCUCCUUUAUGCUGUUAUUAUCACAGAUUACAUCUUUAUCCAUUAUGUGCCCAUCAGCAUAGAUUUAUAAUUAUUGCUUUAUAUAAUUGUCUUUUAAAUCAGAUAGGAAAAGAAGGGAGUUACAAACAGCAAAAAAUACAUUUAUAUUGUCUUUUAUAUUUUCAAAAGUAGUUACUUUUACCAAUGCUCUUUAUUUCUUCAUGUAGAUUCAAAUUACCGUCUAGUGUUACUCAUUUCAAUCUGAAGGACCUCCUUUCUUGUAGGGCAGGUCUGCUAGUGUUGAACUCUGUCACGUUUUGUUCAUCUGGGAUAUCUCAAAGUCUUUUUGUUUCUUGAAGGAUGAUUUUGCUGGAUGUCAAAUUCUUGGUUGAUAUGUCUUUUCUUUCAACCCUUUGAAUAUAUCAUCCCAUUGUCUUCUGGCCUCCAUGUUUUCCGAUUAGAAAUCAGCUGUUACGCCUAUCGAGGGUCCUUUGUUGCUAUGAGUCCGAAUCGACUCUCCAUGGCACCAGGUUUUUUUUUUUUUUUGGUUUGUACUUGAUGAGCCGCUUCUCUCUUGCUGCUUUCAAGAUUCUCAUCUUUGUCUUUCAGAAGUUUGAUUAUGAAUUGAAAAUCCACUGUGAUCCUUCCUACCUUUAAUUACCCAUCAGAAAAGAUAGCAUGGGACAUUUUGUUAAUGCUUUAAUUCAACCUUUGUGAAAUCUUUAUAGCAUUUCUCUAAUCUAUCAACUUUAUGACUUAGUAAUACAUUGGUUUGAUUUUCAUUAUCAUAAUUCAUAUGUUCAUAGAACUUCAGAGUGAUAAUUAUGUGAUCCAUUCUCAUCAAUCAUUUGCUUGAUGGAUUUGUUGAUCACCUGCAUAUGGAAGGCUCUGUGUGAGACUUGUAUUGUUUUGAGAUAAGUAACACAUAGUCCUGCCUGUGAGGAUAACACAUUUGAUUGGCAGAGCACCACACUCAACUAACUACAAUACAAUAGGACUAUAAGAUGGACGUAUGUUAUGAGUAUAAUCAAAGAAUUAUGGAAUCACAGAGGAGGAAGUUAUUGAUUUUCAUAUUUGAUAAACAAACUGAGGAUUAGACAGAUCAAGCAAUUUGAAACCUUGAGGUCACAUAAAUUAGAAAGUGGCAGAGCCAGGGACUAGAACCCAUUUGUUUGGGUUCUUUAUAUGAAACUAUGGGACUGUAGGGUGUAACAGUUCUGUAUUUUCAAGCUUCAAAGGUAAAAAUGAUUUUUUAAAUAAGGUAAAUGUGUGAAGCACAUACUGGCUAUUUUGCCUCAAGAGGCAUACAUGCUACAAAUAAAUGUAUGGUCAUUAGAAUGUAGUAGUAUAAAUGUAACAAAUAAGUGACUAUGUUAAAACGUGAGUAUCAAAAUAUGAAAAGAUAUUUAAUUUUGCUAGGUCCACAUUGUUUUUUCUUUCCCUUUUUAUUGCUAUUUCUGUUUUUGAAAAGAACCUCCCAUCCUAUCCCCCUCCCCACGGCAUCUCCAGCAAAGUUUGGAAUAGGUAAACUUUAUAUUAGAAUUUCCUUAAAAAUACGAUUUACUGGUCAGAGCCUACAUUCUUUUCCCAUAGGAUAAUGACUUAUUUGGUCAUACAGUAUUAAUUUUAAUCUGCAUGCUUCCUUUUCUAUUCUCCCAUGAUUCUUUGCAGCAGGACAAGGAAAACUAAGUCUUAUAAAAUGAAAUACAGUACGUGCUGCUUAUUAAAUUUACAUACAUCUCUUCUCACAGGAGAUUUUUGAUUCACUGCAUUGUGCAUAUGUCGCAUAUGGACAUUUCUAGGAAACAGAUUCCUUAUUGCUGAGCAGUGAGUGGCUUCCAGUACUCCAUUAUUGCUCUGGGAAUGUGUUAGUAAUGAUUAUGAAAGGUAGGAUACCGUGAAAUCUGCAAGGUGAUUUGGCAGAAGUCGACGCUGUUGGUGCCAGGAUUUGGGUACCAUACCACAGUUUCCUGUUUUCAAAUGUAUUAAUUGAUCUGCAAAGGACAUCUUUUGGAGACAAGAAUUCAGACAGACUGGCACAGGCUGGAGCUCCGCCAAGACUGCUCGGAAGGUUGCCAUACUGGGAGUAGAAGAGUGAUGUGAGAGAGAGAGAAAGAAAGAGAGAGAGGGGCAGAGUGAGAGGGAGAGCUGAGGAAAGAAAAAAAAAAAGGCAAGACUUGGCACAGCUCAGUCAGAUCAGCUUCUUUUGUCUGCUUUCUCGGCUUGAGCUUCAGGAAGGAAAACCGUCCAGGGGUACAGACAAACUCAGAACUUUUUGUUUUUCAAACUCAGAAGGUUUUUUUUUUUUUAACUCUCUUGGGCUCUUUGAAAGUAUUGGUACAUACAGUGACUUUAGUCAUCAGUAUUAAGGGAAAUAAAAUGCUGUUUUCAAAAUGAAGCUUCCACAGUGUCCAUGCAUUUGGGAAAUACUGUAUUUGAUUUUUUGCAUGUAUGAUUAUACCAUGAGAGACAGGACUAAUUUAGAAGAUGGCAAGGCAAAUUUUAAUUAGAGAGGAUAUGAAUUUUUUACAAAAUAAAGUCUGUUCAUCAAUACAAACCUGCUUUCAAACCAAAUCAGACAUCCUUCGGAAUGUGUCCAGAACGUAAGUUUUUAGAUUUUAUUUUAUUUUUUCCCAUUUAUAGGCAUUAACUUUUCAAGGAGCCUUUCUAAGAUUUUAUGCAACCCAGUCAAGAAGUCAGGGUAAAAGUUGUUCUAUGUGUUUAAGAAAACAUUUUCUUAAAGCAGCAGCUUUUAUUUCUGCUGCUUCCUGCUGUCCUAAACUAUCCCCCAGCAAUUAGUGACAACACUGAAGACCAGAAAGGCAAGCUGAAGACACCCAGACUUCGCUUGAAGGGCAAACAAGAAAUGUGAGCUUGGUCAUUAUUUUUUUUUGUGUCUUUGCUCUGAACCAUUUUUGGAGGGUUGGGGAGGGGAGUGGGUAGGUGUCUAUGUCUAAAAGAUGUGUGCGAUUAGUGAAUUCUCAUUGUGAGAAGGAAAUGAUAAAAGGUAAUUUUUGUAAUGUUGGCAGAAUGGCUGGGAAUGGUAGAGAAUAGAAAUCUAAAUGUUUCUUGAGAAUUAGAGGAUAGAAAUCUAAAUGUUUCUUGAGGAUAAGAAGUAGUGAGCUGUAUUUGAAAUACUUUGAGAAAAAUUCCAUUGUUUUUAGUUGGUUAGAUUUUUAUAAUUAAACGAUUACUAUAGCUUGGCUCUCAAAAUUUUUUAAGAAGGAAAAUCUGGAAAGUUCAUCGAUUUUCUUUUUAAAACUAUCUGGUGUCUUAGUUAUAUAUAUACUUUAUAUCUAAUUUCUUAACAAUAAAUACUACCUAUUAGGCCGGGUUAUGGUUGGAUUGUGAUAGUUCUGCUCUGAAAAUCAGCAUUUUUGUAGGAGAGGGUAAGUGUAAGUCACGUAUUUUUGUGGACCUCCCUCCUUGCUAGUAAGUAUUCUAAUUUUAAAAAAGAGAGUUUGAGUUGUAGGAUUAGGUUAUGACUUAUUAUAACAAUAUAUCUUCUUUUUAUUUUAUAUAUUAAAAGAAUAGAAGAAAAUCGUAUAUAUUUACAUAAGUGCUAAUCAUUUUGGACAGUAUAAAAGACUGUUCCAGGAUCUAUGCUUUUGUUUUGAGUAUGUAAUUAUUAAUUUGUUAACCCUUUGACAAAAAAAGGAAAGAUUUUUUCUUUAUAGUUAUAUUAUUUUCCACCUUACGUUGUCAAUUUUUUUAAAUGGUAUUUAUAGAAUUAGAAUGAUACAUCAGCAAUUCUGAGAAUGGCAUUUAAUAUACAAAUAUGAUUUAGUAUGAAAUCUAAUAUAAGUGUUUGAAUAGUUAAGCUAAUGUACUAAUCAACAUUUUGAUGUUCAAUAAAAUGAAAUUACUUUUAUGUUUAUGUGAGUUGCCAAAAUGACAACCUUUGUUUUAUAAGCUUCUUUAUACACUACCUUGCUCAUAAUCCUAAAAUGGAUGCCAAGACAUAAAAGACAUGCUGAUAGUCUCUGGAAAGGAAAUGUUUGCAUGACUAUAGUCUUCUAUUUUGAAUAAUCACAGGAUCAUUCAUGCCUGUACUAAAAACCAACAAUAUUUGAAACAAAAAGAAAGUUCAGUAAAUAAGUUUAAAUGAGAGCUACAUUUUAAUAUUGUCCAUCUUAUUACCGAUUUUUAUUUACUUUAAUUUACUUCUUGAAAAUUUAACAUAACCUCUUCUCAUUUUGGUUGCUAAUUAUAUAACUUCUUUAAUUUAUCUUAGAUAAUUUUUUUUCUUAAAGUUUGAAGAAUCUUUACUGGCUUAUUUUUUAACUUCUUUGCAGCGAACUCAGUGAGAACAAACUUAUCUUAUAUUCAAACUAUUUUAUGUCCACGUAUUAUUUUCUAACACUACAAUGAAGAGUAGAUAAAUUAAGAAAUGAAGAUGUCAGAAGAUACUUUAAGAAAUGUUAAAUUUCUCGGUUUUCGUAGAACUAUCUUUUAUAGUUUAUUAGACUUAAGAUUUUAUAAAUAUCAGCUGUUAUAUCCCAUGAAGUUUCUUAGCAAUACAUUAUCUCUGGCCUACUUGUUACAUACCUUAAAAUGAUGAAGUUCCCUAUUAAGAUACUUCUUGUUACCUGGUAUAAUAAAUACUCCUUUGUACAACCAUUUUUAAAGAUAUGUUUAAGAAAUUGUGUGGAUUACAUUUUUAAAAAACAUACAUUCAGGUUUAACAUAACACAUGGGUCUUUACUUUUAGACUUUCUAUUAACAAACACAUUGACCUAUAAAAAAAAACUUUUAAUUAUUUCCACAUGAGAAUAUUUCAGAUCUUAUUUUAAAGUGUAUAAAUGCAAGUGGUUUGAUUGUAAAUGAACUCUAUUUCAGCAUAUAUUCAUUGUAGUUUGAAAUGUAUAUUUCGAAGUAGAGUUAUUAAGACAGAUUAAUAUUUAACUACUACUUGAUAAAGCUAUAAUUAAAUUCCAUUUGGAUGUAUAUACCUGAACAUACAAAUACCUUAUUUUAUAAACAAUUCAUGAGCCUCUCAAGGGGGCUUAGUCCAGUAUUUUAUAAUUAUUUAUUCAUUUAUUCAACAAAUGUUUAAUGAGCACCCACUUAAAUAUGCUAAUAUUCUAUUGAAGUUAUUUUGGGCAAUAGGGAAGGAAGCCACAUAGAUGAAUGGAAGAGGGAAUAGACUUAAAAUAGAGGUACAAAAGCCUAGUUAGAAAAGAGCAGUACUGCCAAUGAGAUUUCUUCCCAUAAAGUAUGUUAAAUUUUAUUGCACAAUACAUGUAUUAUAGAAUGUUAUUAUAAAAAAUCAGGAAAUUAGGUGUAGUUCAUAUAGUUAUAGGAAUUUUGUUUUAACCAUUGUUUAGACGGCUGCAUCUUAUUAGUCAAAAAGCUUCAGUUGUUCAAGUUUUCUGACAGAUGUGUAAAAUAAGCAAUUCAAAUGCUGUGAGGAAGAAAUGGGGAAGAUUGAACCACUGCUCACAUGCUAGAUUUUAUGUAUGUUGAAGCAAGUGUCGCUGACCCUUUCCAAGAUGUGGCUGUAGUGUAAAAGGCAGUGACCUAAUUGUAAGAGAUUUUUUCUUUCCAUUGUUUUCUUUUGUGAGAAAGAGGAGGAAGAGGCGGCCAAUUCCACAUCCUUAAGCCAGCAUGGCUCUUUGAAAGUAAGUUUGAUGGGGGCAGUGUAUUUUAAAGGGACCAAUCAGUUCACUUCAUGUAUUCUCUAAGGUAAUUAUUUAUGUUUUUUUAUCCUUAGCUUUGUUCACUAACAAAAAAGACUCAUAGGUAUAACACAUCUUUUGACUCUAGAUGUAAGUGAGCACUAAACUUAGUAGCUUACUUUAUCGCAUGCAGUUGUUCUCUAAUAUAAUAAAGAAAGUAUAGGUUCAUAUUCUGAAAAAAAAAAAUAAUAAUUCUGAAGAGGAGAUAAAAGUCAGGGAGAUAAGCUCGGAGGCUGUUGUGGUAGCCAAGGCCUGUGGCAGGGAUGGUGGCUGAUGGGAUGGAAAUAAGGAAUGUUUCAGCAGCAGGUAUGCACUGCUGAAGUAAUUCCAUAAAUAUUCCCCGAGGCCCUACUACUCUGUGCCAGUCAGCAUGUAGGAUGUAGGGGAUACAAAGAUAUAAUUUCCACCUGUAAGGAAUUCAUAGUAUAGUGGGGAGGAGUAGGGUAGGAAUAACUGAUAUACGUGUAUCUCUUGAUAGUUUACCAAAUGCUUUCACCUGGUAUCUCAUUUCAUCCUAGCAGCAAUGUCUAGUACAAGGACUGGUAUAAUGGACACUCAAUAAGUGUUUACUGAAGGACUAAACCAUUAAGACUGCUCUUGAAUCUUAUUUAAGAGAAUUUUUUUCCUCAUGGUUGAGAAACAAAAAGCACUGUGCUUGUUUUUACCUUGAGUUUGUGUUGCUGGUGGGGUGGGGGGUGGUGUGGAGCCUAAGACCACAUUCUUUUUGACUGUGUUAGGAUCACCUGAGGUAGCCAUUGUGGACAGUAUAAGAUAAGGGCUUGGGUGGUACACAAUGGCCCUGACUUCCAUUCCCUCUUCAGCGGGCCUCCAUUCUCUUGUGUUUUCUCUGUCCUAGAUUCUCCAAAGGAUCCCAUAAUGUCUGUUAGGAUUUGUUGGUGUAGGCUAGGCAUUGAGCAGACCAGCUGAAUUGUCUAACAAGUUUAAAAUAUUUGUGAGCAUGGAAAGAAGGAUAAGGGAAUGGAGACAGAGAGAAUGUGUUAGGGAAAAUGUGGAGAGCUGAGGGCACUCCUUCAGUCCUGUCAGUAACUUACACAGUGAGGCCUAGUAAAACUCUGAGGGUGUGUGUGGUACGUUGGGGUUAGAAUGGAAUAUCAGAAACAAUCAGUGCCAAGAGUGUGAUAAGGCAUUAUAGGGGCUGUAAAAUGGUUGGUGAGGCCAGUUUAUGUUGAACAACAUCUUUCUAGAUCUUUCUUUAGGGGUGUUUUGAAUAGGGAGCAGAGUCAGGGCCAUUGUGUAUAGUUAUGGAGUGUGCCUUGCAGAGAGAUAUCUGGCUGAGGGGAUGUUUGGGGACUGAAAUUCAGCCCCUUCUCUUCUGCCCAAGCCCUGUGCCUUGGUGUGCUUGGAUAAGGUACAUGGGGAGCAUGGGUGCUAGUGGUGGCUCUGGAGAGAAUGGGCAGUAGGGACAAAUCCGGGCUUGAAAUUGCAAUAGGAGGGAUGAUCAAAUGGGUUAGGGUUGGGAAGGCAGCAUCCCAGUAUUUGGCCAUGUGAUUCAGGUGGUGUGGGGAAUGUAGUCAGAAAAGUUCCCAAGAACAUGGUGAUAGGCAAAGAUGAGUGAGUAGAAAUUCCAGUAAAGUAAAAGAAAAUAUUCAGAGAGUACUGAGAGUUAGGCGUUUAGUUGAAACCUGAUAGGUUGUGAAUAAUAGCACCAACUCUGGAAGGCUCAACUUAAAAGUUUGGUAAUUGGACUAAGGUUAUUUCAUUUCUCUAAAAGGAAGUACAGAAAAGAAAAAAAAAAGGUUACUUGUUUGUAUUCUGUAUUCCACAAUGAUAUAAGAAUUAAAAUUUCUCCUCUGUUUUUUACAGUUAAGGACCUUUUGUUCCUGUACAAAUAAAUACAUCUCUAAUAUAUGGAUCUUGAGGUUUUGUAGAAAACAGUUUGAAAUUAUGAUUUAGGUUUCAAGGUAUUAGUACUUCUGUAGUGAUGCCAUCCUUUUUAUACCACGUAUUAAUGCCUUUUUCCUUUGUUGUUUUUGUGUGCCAUUGUAUUGAUUCUGACUCAUAGCAACCUUAUAGGGUAGAGUAAAACUGCCCCAUAGGGCUUCCUAGGCUGUAGUCUUUAUUGGAGCAGAUUGCUAGGUCUUUACUCCUGUGGAGCCGCUGGUGGGUUUGAAUCAUCAGCCUUUCGGUUAGCAGCCAAGCGCUUAACCAUUGUGCCAGCAGGGCUCCUGUUUUUCCUUUAGCCAUUCUUAUUUUCCCUUACUUGAAAAGAACAAAUUGUUCUCAGGGAUCUGAGAGUACUUUACCAACCAGUUGCUGCCAAAUCCAUAGUAACUCAUGGUGACCCCACGUGUUGGGUAGGGUUUUCAAGGCUGUAACCUUUGGGAAACAGAUCGUCAGGCCUUUCUUCUGAGGUACCUUUGGUUGGGUUUGAACUGCCAACCUUUUGGUAUAGUAAAUGUGUGCUUAACUGUUUGUGCUCCUAGGAACUCCUGAGAGUGCUUUACUUUAGGUAUACUCAAAAGAAAGCUAUUUUUGAAACAAAUAUUCCUUUAAUAAUAUGUGUUAGAGAGGCUAGGCUUCAGAGUCUCACCAAUCUGAGUUUGAAUUUUGAAUCCACUUUUUAAUUGGGCACUUUGGUCAAGUUAUAUAGGCCUAGUUUCUUCACCUAUAAAAUGGGGAUAAUGAUGUCUCCUUCAAAGGGCUGUUGGGAGGAGAAAUAAGGAAAUAUAUUCUCAACUCUUAACAUAGUAUGUGACACGUAGUAAGUAUUCAGUAAAUGAUAGAUAUUAUUUUUAUUGUUUGUUUUUUAUAUGACACAAUAACCUGGAUAAUCCCUGGGUUGUAUAUACCUUACAUUUAGCUUAUUUUGUUGGUGCUACGUGUCUUUGAUUACUUGCUUAAUUAUAGUCAAGCUCUCAAAUUAGGGACUGAGCCUUUUCUAAUUACUAGCUUCUCUGAGAUUAUGUGCUUACCAGUAAUGCAUUGAAUAAAAGAUUUUAAAUGAAGAAAUGAAAUUAUAGUUCCUUUUUUAAGUUAAUUUUGAAAAUUUAUUUUUAAAAGUAGAAAAAACUUACUUGGGUAAGAAUUCCAUUUUCCUAUUAUUAGCGUGCUAGGUUUUAUCAGAGGAGCUUUGGUGGCACAGUGAUUAAAGUGCUUGGCUGCUAACAGAAAGCCCGGUGGUUCAAACCCAUCGGCUGCUCCUCUCCACGUGAGAAAGAUGUGGCAUUCUGCUUUCGUAAAGAUUUAUAGCCUUGGCAAACCUAUGGGUCCUGUAGGGUCGCUGUGAGUUGGGAUCUACUUGAUGACAGUGGGUAGGUUUUUUUCAGACUUUUUAAACUUAGAAGAGGUCAAUAUAUUAGAAAAUGAUCAGAAGAAAUGAGUUGGACUGGAGGCUUUUAAAAUUUCAGUGAUAAAGUAUUUCAUUUGAAUUGUUAACCUGCACUUGUGGUUUCAGGUUAAUAACACAGAUCUUAAAGAUAAUACAUAUGUCUUGAGAGUAAUAGGAUUCUUAAAGGCCAAUAAUGACAGUACUGGAUCGCAGUGCUUGGUCACUGGCUAACUGGAUGGGUGAUCAUAGGCAAAUCUAAAUUUGGAAAGUUGACUUUCCAUCAGUAAAAUGGGUGUCAUAAUACUUACACCAAAGAGUUGUUAAGAAUAUUAGGUGAGAAAAUAUGCCGGGGAGCAAUUUAACUGGCAAGUAUUACACAAUUUGAGAGAGAGUUAUCUAGCUAGCCCAAGCACUUGACUGUUAUUGGUGAAGAUAGUGUACCUAGUUUUGUAUGCCUUCCAGCUCUGCAUGGUAGUAGGCAAUGGAUUAUGCACAUAUAUCCUUUUAAAAUGCUUUAAAAUUUUAAUUAUGAAAAAUUUCCAAAGAUGUAGCAAAGUGAUGAAUAAAAUACAAUGAAUACCCAUGUACCUGUUAUCCAGAAUUAACAAAUGCCAUAUUUACUUGCUGAAGAUUUUUUUUUUUUUUUAGAAAAUAAAAUGUUAAGCGUAUAACUAAAGUCCUAUUCUUUCAUCUCUGAAAUUGGUGUAGAACAUUUCCGUGGACUUUUUUGUAGUAUCACUGCAUACACAUGUAGCCAUAAAUAACUAGUAUUUUAUAUGAUUUGAAACCUAUAAAUGGUUUUAUACCGUUCCUAUUCAUUUGCAAACCUGAUUUUUCACUUGGUACUGUUUUUUGAGAUUUAUCCAUGUUGUUAAUGUAGACCUAUUAUCCAUUUUUCUGUUGGUGGACAUUUACUUUUUUGCUUGGGCUAACCAUGCUGUAAUGGCCAUCUUUGUGCAUAUCUCCUACACAUACGUGUAAUCUCUGUGGUAACCAAAACCCGUUGCUGUAGAGUCUAUUCUGAUUCAUAGCAACCCUAUAGGACAGAGUAGAACUGUUCCAUAGGAUUUAUGUCUGUGGUAGAUACCUAGAAAUGGAGCUGAGUUACUUUACAACUUUGCUAGUAAUGCCAAAUUAUUCUUCAAAGCAUUUGUGCCAGUUAACAUUCGUUUUGUUUUUUUUUUUAAUAUAAUUGUGUAAAUAGUUUUUAUUAUAGUAAAAUACACAUAAAGUUUACCAUUUUAACCAUUUUAAAGUGUACUAUUCAGUGGCAUUUAGUACAUUCACAGUGUCAUGCAACCAUCACCACUAAUUUCAGAAUAUUACCCCAAAAGGAAACUCCAUAUCCGUUAAGCAGUCCCUCCCCAUUCCCUCCUCCUCCAGUUCCUGGCAACCCAGUUAAUAUUCUUGCACUAAGAUAUCAAAGUUCUCAUGUCUCUAUAUCUUCACCAAUGUUUGGUAUUAUCAGACUUUAAAUUUUUUAUCAAUCUGAGGGGCAAGACAUGUACCACUGUUAUCUUUAUUUGCAUACCUGAUUACUUAGUGAGACUGAAUAUCUUUUUAUAUUAGCAAUUUAGAUUUAAAUUCUCUCUUUAUACUCUUUGCACAUUUUUUUCAUUAGGUUUGUUUUAUUUUUACUGAUCUGUGGUAUAUUCUAUAUACUAAUCUUUUGUAACGUAGUUGAAAAUAUCCUCUUAGUCUUUGGCUUGUUUUUUCACUUUGUUUACGCUGACUUUUCAAAUAAACUAUGGUGUGUGCUUGGAAAAUUGGAAUGCUUGCAUUUUUUACUUUCAAAGAUGGUUUUACUGGUAAUACUUAGAGUCCAAUGUGUUGGAUGUACCAGAGAGGGAUUGUGGUACUAAUAUUUCAUUAGCAUGACCAGAAUUUUAUCCCUUUAAUUAAUAUGUUGAAAAUAGAAUUUCUGAUUUGCCAUAUAGAAUUUUGGUCUAUUUGAAAUCUUUGGGCAGAUUCCUAGUUCUACAACAUCAAUUGCUGAAGUAAAGACUAUUGUGAACCCAAAACCACUGCUGUCAAGUCGAUUUCCGACUCAUAGUGACCCUAUUGUGCAGUUUUAGAGAAUUAACAAAUGCCAUAUUUACUUGCUUGCUUAGGAUUACUUUAGAGUGCUUAGAAGAGCCUCCUAAGCACACUAGUAAUUCCAGCACGUUCUGAUUGCCUCAGCAACAUUACCAAAUAGUAAGUUCUCUGGCCCUUAGAAAGAAUGUUCUGUUGAUCUGAUUACGGUGAUUUAUAUACAGUGAAUACUCUCAGUGCAAUAAGCACUUUCUCCUUUCCCUAACCAGUAGUCUUGCUAACAAAAUAAUCUAAUUGAGAAAUUCAAACUGUUGAGGCAAGUGGAAGUGAGUUGUGGCUGAGUCUCCUUGUGUAUCUUUUGUUGUGCAAUCAAGUAGCAAUUAUUCAGCAACUUUCCUCACACUGUCUUGGCUAAACAAAACCCACCUAAUCUCCCACAUCGCUUUGCGAAACAAAGAACACAGAAAAUACAGAAACCAGGAGGCAUGCGGGCAGAUGUUGUAUGUUCUGCAUGGAUGACUACUCCUUUCUUUGCUGCCAAACAUCAUGUCAAUGGCAACAGAACAGUUGAACCUUUCCCAGAGGGAGCACAGAUGGCUCUAUUUGGAAUGGGGUGUUUUUGGGGAGCUGAAAGGAAAUUCUGGAUCCUGAAAGGAGUAUAUUCCACUCAAGUUGGCUAUGCAGGGGGCUAUACUUCCAAUCCCACUUAUCAGGAAGUCUGUUCAGAGAUAAAAUUAGAACUUGAACAUGUAGCAGGCAUGAUGGAAACGCAUCUCGCUCUCAAACCAACAGGAAGAAAAACUGGUCAUGCAGAAGUAGUCCGAGUUGUGUACCAGCCAGAACACAUCAGCUUUGAGGAACUGCUCAAGGUCUUCUGGGAGAAUCAUGACCCAACACAAGGCAUGCGCCAAGGCAACGAUCAUGGCACUCAGUACCGUUCAGCCAUCUAUCCCACCUCUGCCAAGCAAAUGGAGGUGGCCUUGAGGUCCAAAGAGGACUACCAGAAGGUUCUCUCCCAGAGUGGUUACGGCACCAUCACCACCGACAUCCGAGACAGGCAGACCUUCUACUACGCGGAAGACUACCACCAGCAGUACCUGAGCAAGAACCCUGAUGGGUACUGUGGGCUCGGGGGCACGGGAGUUUCCUGUCCAAUUGGUGUGAAAAAAUAAUUUCUCCCCACGUGUCGGGCCUUAAAAGUACAGCAAAAAUGCAUUCAACAAGUUGGGUAAUUCUUUUGUGAUUCAUAUCAAUGACUUUUUGAAGUACGCAAAGUACAAAGGCAUUUUUAAAAAUCUGGUUUAUUGAGGUAUAAUUUACAUGAAGUACAAUGGCAAGUUGAUUAAAUGUCAAUUUAUUUUCUGAUAAGUUUUGAUGGAAGUAGAACUGAAAUUUUUUGGAUCGUUUGGGGUUGAAAUAAAGAUAAUAGAUAUGCUAUAUUCACCUUCUUGAACUCUGGGCGCCUGCCAUUGAAGCUAAGGAAUUAAGCUGGGAGGUUGUUGGGCAGGCUGGGGGUGAUGUUGAGAAUUAUUUACUAUGCUCUGAUCCACCUUACAUGCACACUUGCCCUCUUGUGCCUUAAAAUCUGUAGACACUUAUAACCUCGGUACAUCACUCACUGAGACACUGCUCUACUGAACCUAGACAUGGGUACACAGCUUCCUCUCCCUUCUCACCCUCUUGUAGGGUUGGUGGUUCAAAUUCAACCAGCAGUACCAUGGAAGAAAGGCUUAACAAUCUGCUUCCUUAAAGAUUACAGGCAAAAAAGCCCAAUGGAGCAGUUCUACUCUGUAACACAUGGGGUUGCUGUGAAUCGGAAUCAACUCGACAGCAACGGGUUUCAUUUUUGGGGUUUUGUGGGAGAGAAAAGAUGUGAGCUGGCUUGAUGAAUUCUGGUGUUUUGCUUACAGCUGUGAGAAAUGCUUGUUCUAAUAAAAGUCUACAGUCUAAUAAUACAAACUGCCUGAUGUUUUGUCUACCUUUUACUUCUUUAGAUAGGAUAUUUCUAAGUGCUGUAAGAUAAAUUUAAGAACUCUAAAAGAACUUGAGAGGGAAAAAAUCUGAUAGUCAUUUUCCCCCAACUGGGAAAUAAUUAUGAUUGAAAUUUUAGAAAACAUGUAUGCCUCUAGUUCCUUGCAACUUAGUAAUAAUAGGUGUUUUCCAUAUUCCUGUCACAUCUGUGAUGGCUUCUUUUUUUUAUAUAUCACAGAAGACUAUUUAUUCUGGUUUGGGCUUGACACAAUGAGCUGACCCCUGCUUACUGCUCCAGCCUGAUGCUGUGUCCUCAAGAAGUUCCCAUGCACCUCCGUGCCUUUGC